AUGGAUGAAGUUCUGCGUCAAUCGUUUGUUUACGGACUUUGUACGACAUCACUGCUAAGCCCGACGCUCUACUACUAUCUCCCUGAUCGUGGUCGUAAAUGGCUUCGUCUCUUCAAGAAGCCGGUUUUGACGGCAAUGUUGCUGUAUCUCUUCUACGCUGCCAUCCCAACGGACCGCCGAGACCUCUAUACCAUUCUCGAUGUCGACGUGAUGGCUUCAAAGAAUGACAUUUUGCAGGCGUAUCGAACCGUCUCGAAGAAGUUUCAUCCUGACAAGGUUGCGGCAGCCGAGGCAUCUGGCGGCGCAGUUCCACAGCGCCCCUCGGGCUUCGCCAAAAUGACAAAUGAGGAGUUCUUUAUGGAGAUCAAGAAAGCUCAAGAGGUGCUGAUGAGCGACACGCGAAGAUCGAAUUACGAUCGCUUCGGGGAUUACAAAUACGGCGAAACUGAUGAAAAGACGACGAUAAUCGUUGUUUGUUUGUCUCUCGUUUCCCAUCUUUUGUGCUUUUGCGUCGGCUUCCUUGUUUCUUAUCCGAGGCAUGUCACCUUUGCUCGCCAAAUCUACGUCGUGUACAACCUAGCCAUGUUCUGCAAUGAACUGCAAAUUCGCUUUGUUGAGAACGGCGACUCGCUUGCUUUCUUGCCCUACGUUAGCUCGCUCGUCCCGUUUGAGAGAGUUCACUUUUUCCGGUCUCUCUUCCCGUGCGUCCUGUGCGCGAGUCUCUGCCUGGCCAAGUGGAAUUUCUCAGACAGCCCCGCGAAACGUUUGGCCUUGCUGAAGGCGCUGCUCUCGACCAACCGCGUGCUGACGGAAAGAACACAAGAACUGAUCCGUGUGACAGCGUAUCUGAAGACCAUGGGAACGCCGUCAACCGCCGCCAUUAAGACACAGCAGCAGCAAAUGAACCACCUGAAAUCUGCGGCACUCCGCGCAAGAUUUGCUGGCCAGGAGAUGCCGGUGGCGCCUGGAGCCGAAGAGACGGCUGAACAGGCCAAGGAGACAGACAAAGCCGGUGCGCAGAGCGCGAACAAGCUCACCGGCGCCCAGCCCAAAGAUAAAAAGGACAUUGCAGAGUGGGAGGACUUCACCAACACUCUGAACGAGGAGCAGAAGGAGUUAUUCAAACGCAUGGUGGCAGACCAGUACCGCAAGACCGAAGCGGAGGAGCAAGCUCGCGAGUCGAACCGGCGCCGUUUCGACAUCAACUGGGGCCAGGUGUUGAUGUGGGUCUGUAUUCUCUAUGUGUGGAUUUAUUACAAGUAG